CAGCUGUGGGGCCCACUGUGGACCACAUUUCCCAGAGGGCCUAGCGGCAGGUCGCUCUUCUCGCAGGAACCCGAAAUUUGCGUCACGCCUGGCGGGACUGUUAGAUCAUGAGGUGGGCGAUCGUGGGCCCGUGGGGAACUGGUUCAGCUCUGCGGGUUGGGAUCCUGGGGGACCCGGAGGAGGCUGAAAUUGAGGAGGCCAGAGGCUGAUGCUGAGGCUGGUGCUUGUGCCUGUGCGGGCGGAGCGGACUGAAAAGGGGGAGAUUUUGCGACCCUUUUGCAUAUGGGGUGCCUAUCAUUGUGGGGUUGUGACCGUGUGUCCCUAUGGUGGUGUGUGAUUGUGACCACGCGACACUAGGAUACCUGCGGCUAUGCGAAUGUAACAUGUGUUCCAUGUUCUACCCUUUGCCAAGUGAGGAGCAGAAGAGAAGGAAAGAAUGCAUGCUGAACUUCUACAAGCAGUGUCCAAAGCAUCAAUGAUGUUCAGGGAUGUGUCUAUAAACUUCUCUCAGGAGGAAUGGGAAUGUCUGGACUCUGGUCAGAUGAAUUUAUACAAAGAAGUGAUGUUGGAGAAUUUCAGCAACCUGGUUUCAGUGGGACUUUCCAAUUCUAAGCCAGCUGUGAUCGCCUUAUUGGAACAAGGAAAAGAGCCCUGGAUGGUUGACAGAGAGCUGACGAAAGGCCUUUGUUCAGAUCUGGAAUCCAUGUGUGAGACCCAGUUAUUAUCCCUAAAGAAGAGACAUUUUAGUCAAGGAAUAUUUACCCAUGAAGACAUACCCACUUUUAUCUCACCCACAUUUCUCAUACCAUAUCAAAGAACUAUUAAUGAAGAGAAACCCUGUGGAUGUAAAAUAUGUGGAAAGGGCUUUAAUCAAAACCCACACUUUACUCAACAUCAGAGAAUUCAUUCUGCUGAAAAAAACUAUGAAUGUAAGGAGUGUGGGAAAUCCUUUAGUCGUGGCUCACUUGUUACUCGACAUCAGAGGAUUCACACUGGUGAAAAACCUUAUGAAUGUAAAGAAUGCGGCAAGGCUUUUAGUUGCAGUUCAUAUUUUUCUCAACAUCAGAGGAUUCACACUGGUGAAAAACCCUAUGAAUGUAAGGAAUGUGGGAAAGCCUUUAAUUACUGCUCAAAUCUUAAUGAUCAUCAGAGAAUUCACACUGGUGAAAAACCGUAUGAAUGUAAAGUAUGUGGAAAAGCCUUUACUAAGAGUUCGCAACUUUUUCCACAUCUGAGAAUUCAUACAGGUGAAAAACCUUAUGAAUGUAAGGAAUGUGGGAAAGCCUUUACUCAACAUUCAAGGCUUAUUCAACAUCAAAGAAUGCAUACUGGUGAGAAACCUUAUGAAUGCAAGGAAUGUGGGAAGGCCUUUAGUAGUGCCUCAACGCUUACUAACCAUCACAGAAUUCAUGCUGGCAAGAAACUGUAUGAAUGUAAAGAAUGUGGAAAAGCCUUUAUUCAGAGCUCAGAACUUAUUCAACAUCAGAGAAUCCAUACGGAUGAAAAACCAUAUGAAUGUAAUGAAUGUGGAAGGGCUUUCAAUAAAGGCUCAAACCUUACUCGACAUCAAAGAAUUCACACUGGUGAGAAACCUUAUGACUGUAAGGAAUGUGGAAAGGCCUUUGGUAGUCGCUCUGAUCUCAUUCGCCAUGAAGGAAUUCAUAUUGGAUAAAUGGUAGGCCCUUUUGAAAACCUUUAUAAUAUUUUUUAAAAACAGAUGAUGCAGGAGUUCCCGUCGUGGUGCAGUGGUUAACGAAUCUGACUAGGAACCAUGAGGUUGCGGGUUCGGUCCCUGCCCUUGCUCAGUGGGUUUAUGAUCUGACGUUGCCGUGAGCUGUGGUGUAGGUUGCAGACGUGGCUCGGAUCCCGCGUUGCUGUGGCUCUGGUGUAGGCCGGUGGCUAUAGUUCUGAUGUGACCCCUAGCCUGGGAACCUCCAUAUGCCAAGGGAGCGGCCCAAGAAAUAGCAAAAA